AUGCCAGGCGGUGCACACGUAGGAGGGGGAUACAGCACAUAUUCUGGCGAAGAGCGUCUCUCGUCUCACGAAGAGAGUGCUUCUCCUGGGGGAUUGGCGCCUAGUACCUCUUCAGGGAUCAAGCGAAGUUCAGCCCCACCGGCUGCGACGAGGGGCAACGACUCGCCAACCGUUUCCCUGGCAUGUGACGACAGGGAAAAUGCUGCGUUUGCUGCGGGACAAUUACUCGAGAAGGCCCGCCUGGUGCAGACUACUGCUUCCGGAUUCUUUUGCAUUUUACCGUUGGGGUUCCGCGUGCUCAAGAAAAUUGAAGCUGUCUGUCACCAAGAACUUGCAGGGACGGCCUCACCUUUGUCUUUCCCAAACAUCAUGCCGAUACAUUGGCUGCAGAAUUCAGAUCGAGUCCGCGCGUUCGGCCCGUCUCUCUACAGGGUGCAAGAUCGUCGUGCCCGGCAGUUUUUUUUGCCCCCAACGUCUGAGGAAGCAGCGGCGUGGCUGGCGGCAAGUGGCAUCCGAAGCCAUAGAGAUCUCCCACAGGUUUUCUACCAGAUAGGUCCAAAGUUCCGAGAUGAAGCCCGCCCCAGGGCGGGGUGCCUCCGCGCUCGUGAAUUUGUCAUGCUAGAAGUAUAUUCCUUUCACAAAGACGCACUGUGCAGAGAAACUACUUACGAAAAAAUGGAUGCCUGCUUCCGUCGUAUACUUACACGGGUGCGCAGCAUUCUAGGAAGUGACCAGGCAGCACCGGGACCGGAUCUGCCAGACGGAAGCGGAAAUGGUGCUUACCCUAGAUAUGCGGAAGGCUCCCAAAUCAGCUCGACUUUGGAGCCUGCCGCACGCUGGAACGAUGGCCGCCGCACGGCCCGCUUAGGCCAGGCCUUGUUCAGAAUACUGCAUAAGUCUGCGGCAGAAGCAGGGGGCCCUGCGGACGUUUUCUUUGACGAUCGGCAAGGCCUUACGCUUCGUCAAAUGCAGUCGCAUGCAGAUCUCGUGGGAAUUCCCCAUCAGCUUAUCAUAAAAGAGGACUUGUUGAGAGCGCCGGGCAAGGCUCGCGUGCUCUACAUCUCACGCGUAACCGGUAAGGCGGACAUCUUGCCGCUUAGGGCCGCCUUGAACAGGCUAAAAAACACUCUCUUUGGUGUGGCGAUGUCUAGCAGACGGUGA